ACAGACAGGUCCACUUCUGGCCAGCUUUUUGCGGCAGGAGGAAGAUAUACCACAUUAGAAAGUGAAAACAUCUUGUCACGAACUACAUAACAAACAAAUCAUCCAAACAUAAUCACUAUGUAGCAUUCCGUUUAAAACGCCAUGCAUAUUUACAUCCAUCACUGCACCAGUCACACCGUAUAACAUUAAUUUAUUCAAGCAACCCUAAAAUCUCGCGGUGCUACCAUUCAGACAUCUUGCAUUUUAUUAAGUCUGGUCUUGGAGAAAAAAACCGCUAAGUAUACGCCACAUCAAUAUUCCUCGCAGGAACCGGCUUUUGUUAAUCGUUUGAAUCCAGGUUAGUUUCCUCCGUGUUAACGGAUGUGAGGCGGUUGGACCGAGCCUCGCGUGCCAAUCCCGCGGAGUUUAGACCGUCUCUCACGGGGGCUCUCGAGCCGUAUUGUGCGUCAUCUCCAUCGCUGCCGUUUUGUUAUUUUUCUCCGCUGAGGAAACAUGGCAACUCCCGCCGCGGUCAACCCGUCCGAGAUGGGCAGUGAGUUGCCAGGUACAGUAGCGAUGCCAGGAGCGGUUGGGGCCAGCCAGGUGAGGAUGGGAGGAAGCGUGCCAGCCCGUGGGGGCAAGAGGAGAUCAGGAGGAAUGGACUUUGAUGACGAAGACGGAGAGGGACCUAGCAAAUUUUCAAGGUAUGAUGAUGAUCAGAUUCCUGGUGGGGAUAAGGAGAGAUACGCCAGAGAGAACCACAGUGAGAUUGAGCGACGCAGACGCAACAAAAUGACCCAGUACAUCACUGAGCUGUCAGACAUGGUCCCAACCUGCAGCGCCCUGGCCCGAAAGCCUGAUAAGCUGACCAUAUUGCGUAUGGCUGUCUCCCAUAUGAAAUCCAUGAGGGGCACUGGCAACACAUCGACUGACGGGGCCUACAAGCCCUCCUUUCUCACUGAACAGGAGCUGAAACAUUUGAUCCUGGAGGCGGCGGACGGCUUCCUGUUCGUGGUUGCUGCAGAGACGGGUCGGGUGAUCUACGUGUCGGACUCUGUGACACCAGUGCUGAACCAAACCCAGUCAGAGUGGUUUGGCAGCACUCUAUAUGAGCAGGUCCACCCUGACGAUGUGGAAAAGCUACGGGAACAGCUCAGUACUUCAGAGAACUCCAUGACAGGACGGAUUCUGGACCUGAAGACAGGGACGGUGAAGAAGGAGGGACAGCAGUCCUCCAUGAGGAUGUGCAUGGGCUCACGACGUUCCUUCAUCUGCCGCAUGAGGUGCGGCAGCGCUCCUCUGGAUCACAUCUCCCUAAACCGUCUGUCGAACAUGAGGAAGAGAUACAGGAAUGGUCUUGGACCCUCAAAAGAAGGAGAGGCUCAGUACUCCGUGGUGCAUUGCACUGGUUACAUCAAAGCAUGGCCCCCUGCAGGUAUGACUAUACCAGAUGAAGACACAGAGGCAGGUCAGACUGGAAAAUACUGCCUAGUUGCCAUUGGAAGACUGCAGGUGACCAGCUCUCCGGUCUCUAUGGAUAUGAACGGCCUGUCGGUGCCCACAGAGUUCCUGUCGCGUCACAACUCGGAUGGUGUCAUCACUUUUGUCGACCCGCGCUGCAUCAAUGUCAUUGGUUACCAGCCUCAGGACCUGCUGGGGAAAGAUAUUCUGGAGUUCUGCCAUCCUGAGGACCAAAGUCACUUGAGAGAAAGUUUCCAACAGGUGGUGAAGUUGAAGGGUCAGGUCCUGUCUGUAAUGUAUCGUUUCCGAAUGAAGAACAGGGAGUGGAUGCUGAUCCGAACCAGCAGCUUCACCUUCCAGAACCCGUACUCUGACGAGAUAGAGUACAUCAUCUGCACCAACACCAAUGUCAAGCAGCUACAGCAGCAGCAGCAGGCAGAACUGGAGGUUCACCAGAGAGAUGGACUUACUGCCUACGAUCUUUCCCAGGUGCCUGUGGCCAGCGUCAGCAGUGGAGUCCAUGAGGCAGGGAAGAAUAUUGACAAGACAGAGGCCCUGUUCUCCCAGGAAAGAGACCCUCGCUUUGCUGAGAUGUACACCAGCAUCUCUGGCUCGGGAGAUAAGAAGAUGAUGGUUCCCUCCUCCACGGCUGGAGGACAGCAGCUCUACUCACAGAGCUCCCCCUUUCAGCAGGGACACUCUGGCAAAAGCUUCAGUUCUUCUGUGAUCCAUGUCCCCGGUGUGAACGACAUCCAGCCAUCAGGCUCGUCCAAUCAGAAUCUAGCUCAAAUCACCAGACAGCUCAACCCAGGCCAGGUGGCAUGGUCAGGCAAUCGACCCCCUUUCUCUGGACAGUCCAGUAAAGCCCAGUCCAGUCCAUUUGGUAUUGGUUCUGGCCACAGCUACCAGACUGACCCAGCCUCCUACAGUCCCCUGUCGUCCCCGGCCACUUCCUCCCCCAGCGGCAACGCCUACUCAGGACUGACAAACCGCAGCACAGCUUUUGAUGUGUCAGGGGAGAGCAGUCAGAGUGGAGCCCAGUUCCAGGGUCGUCCCAGUGAGGUCUGGUCCCAGUGGCAGAACCAGCAUCACUCCCAGCAGGCCGGGGAACAGCACACACACCCCAACCCCAGCCAGACAGAAGUCUUCCAGGACAUGUUACCCAUGGCUGGAGAUCCCACCCAGGGAACAGCCAACUACAACAUUGAGGACUUCGCUGACCUCGGCAUGUUCCCGCCUUUCUCCGAGUAAAAUCCCCCUCCCCUGAUCUCUCUCCCUCUCAGAACUGGACUGAUGUUUGCAUUCAUCUCAUCUUCACUCAUUUUUCUAUAUUGCUGGAUCACCAACAGACAGUUGAUGUGCAGCACGGUGAAUGUCUGGGUACACUUGUCAUUCGCACACAUAUAAACACACAGUCCCCUAACGUUUGGGUUCCGAGGCCUGCAGUAUGUAUCUGUGAACAUACGCAUACCUCAUCGCUGCAAAGAGGAUCCCUGCUGUCGGAUGGAAGGAACAUCAGCCAACCUGUGUGAGCUCUUUGUCUGUUUAUGUGUCUGUCAGUAAUCAGCGCUUUGAACAAAUGGCAGAGCCUGGGACAUUCUAAUCGCUGGGACUGUUACCAGAACGGUUCGCUCACAAGUGAAAGUGCAGUCAGUAUCUAUUAAAACGCCACCCGAUGGAUAGUCAGGUGGAGUUUCUCAGUCCACAAAACAUUUCUAGAGCUUCACAGCAACAACCACUGAAAAGCCUGGGGACUUUUAAAACAUGAUAAACAACCCCAAAAUAAAAGAAAAAAAACGGAUCAUGCGGCUGAUCCAGUGUAAUCCAAGUCUCUGGAAGCUGAGAUCUCAUAUUGAUUUAAAAAGACUUUAUUUACACCCCUUUCUCGAUAUGAAAUUGUCGCUGUAGCCACUAAGCUAAAAGCGAUAGCACGGACCCCGUCCCACAUGGGAGCACAUCACGAGAUGUGACACAAGCUUCUGUGUAGCAGGUAAAAACGUGCUGAUCCCGUCAUCCACCGCAUGUACACUUGCUUUUUCGCUGAAUUGUUCCUUUAAACUCUCAGCAUCAGCAUGACCAGAGGAGGUCAGUCAGAUGACUACAGCUCUACUUGGCGGAGACCAAGAUUCUCUUUUGGAUCGGACAAAGUGAAACUUUUUCUAUUUUGGAAACCUGUAUCGUUGUGACAUUAUAUUUGUCAGCACUUCCCGUCCCCUUUGACACUUGUAGUAUUCAUUCCUCAACAGGAUUGACAUUAAGUAAUGUCUAUUAUUCUUUCCAAAUUGUGUUAUGCAGAUGUUUUACAGAUGUUUCUGGACAGCUGAAUCUGAAGUUCAUUACUGCAGUAAAUCGACUUAAAAAGUGAUUUCUUGAGUAAACAAGACAGUGGUGAUGUAGAGUUCUGCCCACGGUGUUCAUUUAACUGUAAUGAUACAAAGAAACACCAUGGUAAUUAAUCAUUACUUAUCUGCUGAGGAAUUUAGCCUUGUACUGCUCCAGAAUAGUUACCCAAAGGUAUCAGAGUUCUUGCUCAACUGUGGCUGUAACUCAGGAGAACAUGAUUUCAAAACAUGGACAGGCUCUGUGCAUGUGUAAAAUGUAAGAUGUGAGUGCCCAUAGUCCUAAGCAUGAUGUGUUCAUUUAAACAAUUCAUACCACAGUGAGGUAAUAACACGCAGUGGGUCACACAUUUAGGCUGCCUGUGUCAUCAGUCAGUAGGCCCUCACAGCUCACACAGGCUGCUUUAGUGUCGGUUCAGUAGUCAUGUUGAAGUCCAUUUAUGAAUAAUGAGCAAUUAAUAAUCAGUGUGUUUCCUAUGUGUGCAUGUGUGUGAGAAAACAGAACAAAGUGUGGACACGCAGCACAGUGAGUCAGCCACAGAUUGUGUAUUAGUGAUGCACAGGCAGUUUUCCUGACAUCCACGCUCCAAAUACCUUAAUGAGAGAGCCAAUUCACACCCCCAAACUCACAAAGACAUGCGCUAAUCAACCACUCACUUACAGCACAGGAAGACCAAGAGAGCAGUAGCUGACCAGUCACCUCCUCUGGCAGUAAUUGCAGAGAGCAUCUGCCAACAACACCGUUGAUAUACAUGCCAGGAAGCCCCACAUUCACACAGUGAGAUGUAUGGGAGUGUUGAAGAUGUACACCUCCAUCGGCCUAGUGCAGCCUCUUGCACGCCAUCGCUGAC